AUGGCUUCUCAAGUCCGUGAACACGAAUCAUCAUCAACUGAUUCCUUCGUGAAAGUUGUUGCAGAAUCCGGUGCUCUUAAGUCAGUCCCUUCACAGUUCACUUUCAAGAACGACUCCAAAGGCUCUUACUCCAACUCCAUCCCCACCGUCGAUUUCUCCCACCUCACCUCUUCAGACUCCGAUCUACGGUCCAAAGCCCUCAAGGACCUCGCUCAUGCCUGUCAAGAAUGGGGCUUCUUUGUGUUGAUAAAUCACGGGAUACCAGACAGAGUUAUGACGGCCGUAACCGAGGCGAGUUUGGAGUUUUUCGAGCUGCCGGACCACGAAAAGAAAGUGUACGAGGCGAAAAGCCCGUCGGACCCCAUCAAGUCCGGCACGGGCUCCGUCAUCACCACGUCGAACCGCAGAAUUCAUCUCUGGCGGGACUUCGUUAAAUCAUACGUCCACCCAAAUUUUCACUCUCCUCAGAAGCCUCACGUCCUUAGGGACAUCUUGUUCGAGUAUUCCGAGAAAACCCGCCACGUGGCAAGAAAGCUGCUUCAGGGGAUAGGGGAGAACUUGGAACUGGAACAGGGCUACAUAGACCGGGCUUUGCAGCUGGACUCGUGUUUUCAACUUUACGCCGCGAAUUAUUACCCGCCUUGUCCCGAGCCCGACCAGGCCAUCGGGCUCCCGCCACACACGGACCACGGGCUUUUGACCUUCCUCAUACACAAUGGGGUGGCCGGCCUUCAGAUUCAGCACAAUGGGGAGUGGUUCAACACAAACUCGCCACACGGCUCGAUCUUGGUCAACACGGCCGAUCAUCUUGAAAUUUUUAGCAAUGGGAGGUACAAGAGCGUGAAGCACAGGGCGGUGGUGAACAAUCAAGCGACGAGGAUAUCGGUAGUCAUCGCGAAUGGGGCAGCCCCGGAAGCGAUUGUGGGUCCUGCGGGCCCACUUGUCGAGCGUGAUGGCCGUGCAUUAUAUCGCCCGAUGAAGUUUAUCGAGUACGUUGAAACCAUGCUAAGCAAUCGACUUGAAGGGAAAGGCAACUUGGACUGCCUGAAAAUCGACGCUGUGUGA